CUGUUGCAGUGGCAGCUUGACAACGAGUACUGCAAGAAAAUGAGGGUAAAACUGGUUACCGGAAAAGUUAUAGUCAUUCUAUGCAUCGCGAGCUUUCUUGCAGGAUCACUUUUUACUGGCCGGUCAUGGACUAACCCUACAGAAAACAAUAACCAUCCAUUCUUGGCCGUUCCCAACAAUGUGGAGAAGAUGAGAACAGUCACACAUGAUUGUGAUCACAAACGUAAAUUGGCUGAAGGAAGUUCAGGAGACAUUAUGGGAGAAGUUGCAAAGACUCAUCAAGCAAUUCAAUCACUGGAUAAAACUAUAGCUACAUUGGAGAUGGAAUUAGCAGCAACUCGGACAAGCCAAUCCGGCAGCCAACUCUCGGUUGAAAUGGCUUCUAAUCAGAGUCAACAGAAAGCUUUUGUUGUCAUCGGAAUUAAUACAGCUUUCAGCAGCAAGAAACGACGAGACUCUGUUCGAGAAACAUGGAUGCCUAGAGGAGCUAAAUUGAUGAAAUUGGAGAAAGAGAAAGGGAUAGUGAUACGGUUCGUGAUAGGGCACAGUGCGACACCAGGAGGAGUUCUUGAUCGAUCCAUUGAUGCUGAAGAGGCCGAGAACAGAGACUUCCUUCGCCUGAAGCACGUCGAGGGCUACCACGAGCUGUCCACCAAGACCAGACUCUAUUUUUCAACUGCAUUCUCGAUCUGGGAUGCCGAAUUCUACAUUAAAGUAGAUGAUGAUGUCCAUGUAAAUUUGGGUAUGCUAAUGAAUACACUAACAAGGCAUCGAUCCAAAUCUAGGAUCUACAUUGGGUGCAUGAAGUCUGGACCUGUUCUAUCUCAAAAAGGGGUAAGAUAUCACGAGCCAGAGUUUUGGAAAUUUGGGGAAGAAGGGAACAAGUACUUCAGGCAUGCCACUGGUCAAAUAUAUGCCAUCUCCAAGGACCUUGCUGCCUACAUCUCUAUUAACUCGCCAAUUUUGCAUAGAUAUGCCAACGAGGACGUUUCUCUGGGCUCCUGGUUCAUUGGCUUGGAAGUUAAACACAUAGACGACCGUUCCAUGUGUUGUGGAACCCCUCCAGAUUGUGAAUGGAAGACACAAGCAGGAAAUGUAUGCGUGGCGUCGUUCGAUUGGUCGUGCAGUGGAAUAUGCAAAUCCGUGGAGAGGAUGAAAUACGUGCAUAAUCUGUGUGGAGAAGGAGAAGGAGCUGUUUGGAACCUUGAUCUUUGACCUAAAAACAAUACAUUUCCCGCAAAAAUGAGAGAAUGCUACAAUCAUAUUGUAGUAUUUUUGGUGCUAGAAUCUAAUUAAGUUUUUGUAUCUUUUUUUUGUUUUCUUUUUAUUUUUAAUAUGAGUUAAUUUUACACAUUCCCGAAGAUGUUGGAAUAAAGUUAUAAUGUUUUUAUUAGCACUUUUUUGGUUUUUAUUGUUUCUAUCCCUAUCUCUGAUAACAGAA